AUGCUUAUAUAUGUUGAUGAUCUGUUGAUUACCGAAAAUGAGGCUGCCAUGAUAGAAAAAUUGAAAAUGAUUUUGCACGCUAGCUUCAGAAUGAAAGAUUUAGGUGAACUUAAAUACUUUCUUGGUUUUAAGAUACUUAGAUCUAGCAAAGGGAUCUUGUUAAACCAAAGGAAGUAUGCAUUAGAACUGAUAGAAGAAACAGGAUUAGGAGGUGCUAAACUUGUUUGUUCUCCUAUGGAGUAUAAUAUUAAGCUUACCAUUGCUGGUUAUGAUUUUUGUUUGAUUAAAAGUGGUGGGAAGAAGAUAGAUGAUGAAGUGCUGCAGGGUGAAAAAGAAAUCUACAAGAGGUUGAUAGGUAGGUUGAUUUAUCUCACUCAUACAAGACCAUAUAUCACUUUUAUGGUACAUCAUCUGAGUCAGUUCAUGCAACAACCAAAAAGGUCUCACUUGGAAGGAGCUCUUCGAGUGGUUGAGUACAUAAAGAAGAAUCUUGGUCAGGAGAUCUUAUUGUCUUCUGCAGGACAAUGUCAACUAUUAGCCUUUUGUGAUGCUGACUGGGCAGCUUGUUUGAUGACAACGAGAUUAGUUACUGGAUUUUGUGUCAAAUUAGAAAACUCCUUAAUUUCCUGA